AUGUUUAGAAACAAUUACGACGGAGAUACGGUGACCUUUUCACCUACUGGGCGUUUGUUCCAGGUUGAUUAUACGAAGUUAUACGACGCUUUAGAGGCGAUUAAACAGGGGAGUGUUACUGUUGGGUUACAUUCGAAGAAAUACGCAGUGCUAGUGGCACUGAAGAGGAAUGCAGAUGAGCUUUCGUCAUACCAGCGUAAGAUCAUCAAAUGUGAUGAACAUUUAGGGCUUUCUUUGGCUGGGUUGGCACCGGACGCUCGUGUUUUGAGUAACUAUUUGAGACAACAGUGCAAUUACUCUAAUUUGGUUUUUAAUAGAAAGCUCUCAGUUGAGAAAGCAGGUCAUUUGCUAUGUGAUAAGGCACAAAAGAACACGCAAUCGUAUGGGGGAAGACCCUAUGGGGUUGGGCUGCUGAUUAUUGGCCAUGACAAGAGCGGUGCGCAUUUACUUGAAUUCCAACCAUCGGGAAAUACACUCGAAUUGUACGGUUCAGCGAUAGGAGCUCGUUCUCAAGGUGCCAAGACAUAUUUGGAGCGUACGCUAGAUACUUUUCUGGAGAUUGAAGACCCAAACGAGCUUAUCAAACAAGGUGUUGAAGCUUUGAGACAAUCGCUCAAGGAUGAAACACUCAGCAACAACAACCUCUCAAUUGCCAUAGUAGGUGAAGACCUGCCCUUCACGCAGUACGACAAUGAAGCAGUCUCCCAAUUUCUAUAG